AUGGCUUUUGAGUUGCACAAUGCACGAAAUUUCAAAGCUUUUGUUAUUGUAAAACAUAGCAAGUAUGGGUAUUUAGUACUAAAGUCAGCUUCAAAUAAGCCUAAAAAGCUGGGGCAAUAUGAACUACCAGGUGGUAGGUUAGAAGAGAAUGAUUUUGUUGGAGAGUCAGAUCAAACAGAAAUAUUUCAAAGAGCAGCAGCUCGUGAACUUUUCGAAGAAACAGGGAUUGAUGUAAGAUAUAAUAUGCAGCGCCUUAUAAGAUUUGAAGAUACAAGAAUCCCAAGGAAGUGGCAAUUCUUCUGUUUGGAAAUAAAUGAUGACGAUCUUAGUAAUAUUUUAAAGAGCCAUUAUGACAAGAAUUAUAUUAAAGAAUCCAGUUCAGGUGAGGGUUCAAUACUACGUUUAUCUAGUGAACAUGACUCAUUUAUGUUCAUAAAAGACUUAAAAGAAGCAGCUAAGAGUAUACAAAGGCAUAGCCAAGGUGUGUGUUCAAAGGCACUAAUUCUGUUAGACAACCAGGAAACUAGUAUAGAAUAA